AAAUCCUUGAGCAUGGCAGCCGUUUCGAGCAGACUAAAGUUAAGUAAUCGCGAUAUUUUUAUAUUAAAACAAUGUUUCAAGAAGCAUUUAUCGAUGUCAACUACCUCUAGUGGAAAUACACCAACGAUCCUUUCAGGCAAAGGGCCUACACCAUGUCGGGUUUCUCCUUGCAAAUUCAGAAUAUUGCAGCAAAGAGAGCUUACCUCCCAAACUCUACACACAGAUACCAAAAAAGAUGUUAACCCAUUCCAGCUCGCCAAGCCCGAGUUAGAUCAUAUAUGUAGUAGUAUUAAUCAGACAUUAAACACUCAGAUGACAGAGCUUAGAGAAAUGGCACAGUAUUAUUUUGAUGGACAAGGCAAAACAUUUCGUCCCUUAAUAGUACUGCUAAUGGCUAAAGCCCUCAAUGCACAUGGAAAAAAUACAGACAUAAUAUCCCAGUCUCAAAAACAAGUUGCAAUGAUAUCUGAAAUGAUCCACACUGCCAGUCUAGUACAUGAUGAUGUGAUAGACAACUCCUCCACGAGGCGAGGAAAGCCCACUGUAGACAGCAGAUGGGGCCAAAGAAAGGCCAUUCUGGUGGGGGAUUAUAUUUUAUCUGUGUCUUCCAAGCUUCUGGCUCAGCUUAGAAAUGAGGAGGUUGUCAAAAUAUUGUCUCAAGUGAUUGAGGAUUUAGUCAGGGGAGAGUUUAUGCAAUUAGGAUCAAAAGAGGAACCAAAUGACAGAUUUAACCAUUAUCUCAAAAAGACAUUCAAGAAAACAGCCAGCCUUAUGGCCAACAGUUGUAAAGCUGUUGCCGUGCUUAGUAACUGCAGUGACGAUUUAACUGAAAGAGCUUUUGAAUAUGGACGGAAUAUUGGAAUGGCAUUCCAGCUAAUAGAUGAUCUACUAGACUUUACAUCACACGAGAGUGUAAUGGGUAAACCAACAGCUGCCGACCUCAAACUAGGACUCGCCACUGCCCCUGUACUGUACGCCACUCAGGAACACAAAGAACUGAAUGCCCUUAUCAUGAGACGGUUUUGUCAUGAAGGUGAUGUUGAAUUAGCGAGGUCAUUAGUUGCCAAGAGUGAUGGAGUGUAUCAAACUCGACUGCUAGCUGAGGCUCACAGUGCUGCUGCCAUAGGACUACUGAAAGAAUUCAAACCAUCUAAAGCCAGGGAUGCAUUAGAACAUGUGGCUACCAUGGUGCUCAGCAGGAACAAAUAACACACAGGAACUUAGGCACUUAUACAAUUGAAUUUAUACUGUUAAUGAUUAUACAAUAUUUAAAUUUUUAUAUUUUUUUUUCAAGGUAUUGCUUGCAAUAUCUUGGUAUAUAUGUGUAUGUUCCCCCUUUUUUAAAAACAAAAUUAAAUGAUUUUGAUUAGAAUUUGUGUUUCUUUUUAUGUGUUAAAUGGUAAAUGAAAGUGAGUAGAAAUUUAUGGCUUUUAAUUAGUCAGCCUCUCUGAAUAAGCUGAAUAAGUCUCAUUCAUAAAUAAGGUCUGAAAUGUUGACAUCAAACAAAGAGCUUUCAGUCUAUUAAAAUAUAUUUUAGACCAUUAUUUUUUAAAGGUUCAUGUAUUUCAUUCUUCAGUAUGGCUUUAUCAAGAAUUUUUUGAGAAGUAUGUUUAAAUAUGUAGAUAAAAAGUUCUUCAAAAAUACAAAAAGAGGAGUCUGAUAUUAUUCUUUUCUGAACUAAAGCUCAUUUAGUGUGAACUUUUUUUCCUUUUAAAGUGCAAUUUUUGACUGAUGUUUAUCACUAGUACUUUAAACAAAGUAGGAAAAUUAAAUCGUGCAGUGAUCAAAUGGGAGAUGAUAAAUAAAAUUAAAGUGGGUGCAAUACAAUUGGAUGAAAAUUCAAGGUAAUUAGAAAUUAUUACUUCUUGGGAAAGGCUGAUGAGAUUAUGCUGGUUAACUACAUGUAUCAGGGGAAC